AUGGCCCUUGGUUACUGCAAAACUAUGCUCUAUAUAAAGCAUAGUCUCUUCCCAAAUUGUCAAGGCAGUCUCUCUAUGGAAAUUCUUAUGGCUAGCACCAGUCCCGCCACUGUUAGCCUGAAGCUGAUGAUAGACCCAAAAUCCAACAGGCUUUUGUUUGCGGAAGCAGGCAAAGAUUUCGUUGAUUUUCUCUUCUACAUCAUGUCAUUACCGGUCGGCACUGUGACAAGGCUACUCGGUAAACAAGCAACGGUGGGGUGUAUCGGAAACAUUUACGGCAGCAUAGAAAAUUUGGACGAUUCCUACUUUCAGUCAGCCCCAGAAAAGGAUAUGCUUUUGAGGCCAAUUUUGACAAACUAUGCUGCUAAUGUAGACUUCUUGCUGCCAAGCUUGCAAUCCUCAACACACACGAGACUCUACAAGUGUGCCAGCCGCAGUUGCAUGAAUGUGACAUUUGAAUGUUAUUCCCGCUGUCUUUCCAACAGUCAUAAUAACAACGGAUUUGGUAGUAUGCACCAAAAUCUAACGUUUGUGAAUCCGACAAAUGAAGCUCCGUAUUCGGGUGGCGUCGAAAGAGGUUUCGUUGAGGAAGGUGUAUACAUGAUAAUGGAUGAUCUGACGGUGACGCCUAUAUGUGCCAGGUCAAUUUUUACUUUGCUCAACGAGUUCAACGUUAAGGAUGUGGGUUAUCUUGAAGAGAAAGUCGUUGCUGUGGGAGUUAAUGAGGGAGUGGAAUUGCUUAGGGCAUCGAUGCAGUCCAAGAAUGUGAUUUCUUCUGUUUUCCUUGAGAAAAAGGAAGUCUGA